UAUAUUAAUUAGUUUAAUAAAAUUAUUCUCGAUUAGAGAUUUUAGAUCGUUAGGUCUUUCAUAAUUCGAAGUCAAUCGAAGAUUUAAAAUAAAAAUAAAUUAAAUUUAUUUAUUAUAGGAUAAAUUUAAAGAAUAUUGCCAAUAAUUGCACAGAAUAAAUAAGAGAAUUAAUUAUUUUUAUUAUUUCUUUAUACGUUGAGAUUAGAGACGAGAAAAUGGAAAGGAUGAACGCACCGAUUAAUUCAGGAAACGAUCGAAAAAGCGAAGAACGGUCCAUCGAAGGAUUUCUGACGAACUCUGUAAUAUUCGUGACCGGAGCCACUGGUUAUUUGGGGAAAGCUAUCGUGGAAAAAUUGCUGCACUCUUGUUCCCGUAUCUCGACAAUCUACAUCCUCAUCCGAUCCAAGAACAAUGUAUCCAUCGAACAACGAUUCAAACAUCUUUUGGAAAAUUGCUUGUUCGAUGAAAUACGAAAAAAGGAUCCAGGAAUUUUAAACAAGAUUCAUUUGAUAAAAGGGGAUAUAACCCUACCAGACUUAGGCCUAUCCUCGAGCGAUAAAAAUUUAUUAAUAGAAAGAGUAAACAUAGUUUUCCACGUAGCAGCUACAGUGAAAUUCAACGAACCGUUAAAAAAGGCUAUCGUAACGAAUACGAAGAGCCCUUUGUAUAUCUUAGAAUUAUGCAAAUCUAUGAAAAAUCUAAUAAGUUGCGUGUACAUUAGCACAGCUUACAGUAAUCCAAAUAUAUCGAUAAUCGAAGAAACGAUAUACGACAUAAAUAUAAAACCUUCUACGAUCAUAGAUAUGUGCAAUGGCCUAAACGAUGAGCUAUUGAAUGUACUGGAAUCUAAGAUUUUAGAGACUUUUCCAAACACAUAUACGUUUACAAAAAAUCUGGCGGAAAAGAUUAUAAAGAUCAAUGGUGCAGGUUUACCGAUCGCAAUAGUGAGGCCAAGUAUAAUUUUUGCUGCGAUUAAACAUCCGUUUCCUGGUUGGAUAGACGAUUCAAUUCAAGGAAUUACAGAUUUAACUAUUGGCGCGUGCAGAGGUAUCAUUAGAGUGAUCAAUGGGAAUAAGAAUAAUAAGGCAAACAUAGUGCCUAUUGAUUAUGUGACCGAUACAAUAAUAUGUGUUGCAUGGUAUACAACGAUCCAAUGUGAUAAUACCAUUAAAAUUUAUAAUUGCACGAAUAAUGGGAAUUCUCUUACAUGGGAUAAAUACAGUUCAAGUAUAAUAAAAUUUUCAAGAAAAUUAUUAUUCAAAACUAUGGUAUGGUAUCCUAAUGUUAUACUAGUUAAUAACAGAUAUAUUUUCAAGAUCUUGAUAUUCUUUUUGCAUACACUUCCUGCACUUGUCUAUGAUGUUUUUGCAAAACUUUUAGGUAAUAAAAUCAGAAUAAUGAAAUAUGUAAUGCACAUGAAUUAUAAAUUACAUUUGUUAAAAUAUUUCCUUCUCAAUGAUUUGAAAUUUCAAAAUGAUAAUAUGAUUGAACUUCAAAAAAAUGUAAAAACGUUGAAAGACUGUGAUAAUUUUAUCAUUGACAUACAAAAUCUAGAUUGGGAUAAAUAUAUAGAAAAAUGUGUAUUAAUAUUAAACACACAUAAUCUGUCUGUAUCUAAACAUUCUUUAACAACUCGAAGUCGAUUGGUAACAUUAUACUGCAUAAAACAAAUAGCGGAAUUAUCACUUGUAACUCUUUUAUUAAUAUUUGUAUUAUACAUUUCAUAAUUUUUUUAACAUUAAAUUUCUUCAAUUAAAAAUU